CCGACGAUCAGUAACGGAGCAGUCGUAAAUAUUGGCUUGAUGCGUAAAUAACGUAUUUAUAUUUUCUGACUUGUAUUAUUUCGCUUAUUGUUUAUAAUUGCAAAUUUCCUUGUACGGUCACAUAAAUAUUUAUGUCGUGAAAUACAUUUGAUGAUUCUUACUGUCAGAACAAAGCGUUAACGCGAGGAAAAAAAUCACAGUCUUGUACGCAAAUGUAUCCGAAAUAUUGCCCGAGAUACGGGGUAGCGAUUCGUUUCGAUGCGGCACGCUAAAUCGAACAGAAAUUCUGCGCAACAAUUAAGCAAUCGCCAAUUGCCUACUGGUUACUUUUCUCUCGUUUAAUCUUCUGUAUUUCUACCGUCAUCGAUUUAGUUUCAGGCAAAAUGUCUGAGCAGUAUCUGGGUUGCACAGUUUCGGUGAAAUGCAUUGAUGAUCUUGCUUAUCAAGGUAAAAUUAUCGAUCUAAAUAAGAAUAACCUGACUCUGGCCAAAGCAUUUUGCAAUGGUAUACCUCACACUUCUUCCAUUGUUAAUUUGAGUGUAAAAGAUAUACUGAAAAUUGACAUUAUAUCAACUGAUGAAGCGGGAAAUGUAAAUGAUACCCACAGCAAGGUGAUCGUAAAGAGACCGAUUGCAAAAAGAGUUGGACGAUCUAUUUCAGAGUGCGUUUCAAAUACAGUGCAACCGGGAAGUUCUCAAACACAGACCAAUUUCAAGAAGCCUGUGGAACUUAGCCAGCAACAAAUGGAGCAAACUCCAAAUGGGAAAAUACCUCCAACCGAAAACAAUGCGUCUAACAACAAAUCAGUAUCGAAAAGAUUAACUCAUAGGCAAAGAGUACUGGAAAGGGACGAGCAUACUUUUGGUACUCCGAUUGAUCAAUCAUUACAACAGGACUUUGAUUUUGAAAAGAACUUAGCAUUGUUCAACAAAGAGGCUGUAUGGCAAGAAAUAAAUUCUUUGAAACCGGACAUUGUUAGGCAGUCGGAAAGCAAUCGAGGUACUGCGGCUAUCUACCGACCAGACGAAAAUAUUCUCGUAUCCGAACCUACAGUGUUCAGACAAAUCAUGGUGCCUUGCAGUGGUGAAAAAGAGUAUGUUACAGAUAACGGUUUAGUAAUUCCCAGCAUUCCUCUCAGUCUACAUCGACAAUUAAUAGGUGCAGCAGAUAGAUUGGGAAUAAGUUGGGAACGCAGGGUGGAACUCCUUGGUCGCGCGGGUGCUGAGCUUACCCUCCAGCUAUUGGGUGGAAGUCAUCGGUUGAAUCCAAAUAAUGCGCAUCAAUGGCCCACCGUGGUCGCACUGUGUGGACCGCAUCGUUCCGGCGCCGCGGGUAUUAAUUGCGCCCGGCAGUUAUCCAGUCAUGGUGUCAAGACGAUCGUAUUCGUAGAGAACACGGAAGACGUAUUUCUCCUACAGGAACUAUCGCUGUACAGGCUAACGGAGAACAAGGUGGAGACCAAAGUCAAGAAUCUACCAUCAUUAGUAGACCUGAUACUUGUGGCACUCUGUGACGAAGAUUCAUCCAGAAUGAUUACUCCAAUAGCACGAUGGGCAAACAGCAAUCGGGCGCCAGUACUAGCUAUCGAGCCGCCGGCGACGGGCACACCGGGUAUUCUCAGUAAAUUUAGUCUGCUGGGUGCCCUACCGCUGUCGCAUAGCGUCGACAACGGCAGAUUGUACUUGUGCAAUCUUGCAUUGCCGAACAAGGUGUACUCCGACGUCGGAAUCACCUAUAGAUCGCCGUUCGGACCUAAGUUCGUAAUUCCUUUACAUUCCAAUAACUCUUAGCAAAUUUUUACAGAUCACGUCGUGUCUUUUUGAAUAGACGCCUUUAUUUUAUCAUGCGUGAUUUAUAAAUCUCGUAUAUACAGGGAAAUAUGUUUUACUUUUUGGGCCCAUUGUGUAACGAAGAGUUUAUAUAUAUAGUUUGGCGUUUGAUAUAAACUUUUAGAUGGACUUUUAGAAAGAGAAAAAGGGAAGAAGAAAGAACGCAUGGUGUACUAUAAUACUUUUCGCAUUAAUUGCAUAUCUGCAAAUGGAUGCAUGAUGUGCAUACUAUUUCCAAUAUUGUAACUUUAAAGCUGUAUUUUAAAAUUUUGAUUAAAUAUUCAUUAUGCUUUAGAUAAAAGAAAAUAGAUAUUUUGUCUGUAAAGCUGUGAAAAAACACUGUUUUAUUAAUACCAAACAUAUAACGAAUCACUAUUGUUCCAAAUAUAAACGACAUACCCAUCCUAAGUCUCUCUUUAAAGGGUAUAUAAAGUCCUUUUUUACGGAUAUAACUCCAUGUGUCUGCAGCACAAUUUUGCAUCGUUGUACUUGAAUAUAUCAAAUAUGUAUUUGAUACAAUGGAAUAAAAGCUACAUUGCUUCGCGCGCAUGUUACAAACUACACACGAGCGUGUUUACAAUUUAAAGUUUAAAUCGACAGAAUUUAUAAUAAUGAGUAAAAGUACGCAAAAAUGCGAUAAAUCCUUGUAAUUUAGAAUUGCCCUCGUGUUUUUUGAUUAAUAAAUAAUGAGAAUCCUGUAAACAUAUUAGAGCCACUGUAAAAAAGCACUUGGCAUGAAAAGCUUUAUAGCUCUGAAAAACUAAUAGUAAAAAGAUUAUAAAUAGUGGCUUGCACACGAGAGAAAAAGUCUUUGUAUAGUUUUAAUAAUUUGUAAUGUACUAUUUAUGUAAUCAUUAAGAAAAACCUGCGCGUGAGACACGCAAUUAGAUUAGUAAUCCUGUUUGAUCGAUUAUAGUUGAUUGACAACAGUUUUAUACUUGUGUACAUCUACAUUUAUUACUUUGCUCGAUAAAGUCUCUCGUAAGUUACUCGUAUAUAUGUACCAACUAUUAUUAUAUUUCACUUUACAUUGCUUUAUGUUCACCACAUAUGUUCCGAUGCAGAUUAUGAUAGCGAGAUAUAAGUGUAUUAAAAUUAUUGUAACACACAUACAAGAUAUUCCCAGUGUUAUAUAAAAUAUCUACAUUAAAAUUUGAUUAUGUUC